AGGAGCUGCAACCAAAGUAUCACCGAUACGUCACGGAGGCCGCCGUACCCGUAUCUGAUACGGCGGGAUACGGCGAUACGGCGCGAUACGGCGCGAUACAGCGCUGGGAGCACGCACGCCGCCGGGAGUGAGCGCGGCGGCCUGGAGCCGAAGCCGCCACAGCACGAAUCCGUCAACACGUGAGAUCCAAAUCGCUGGCCAUGAUGGAAAGUGAAAGCUCAGCAUCCCCUAGUGCGCAAGCUGAUGCUAGUAACAGUAAUGUUGUUGAUGAAGAAAGAUUGCGCAAAACUCCUUUGUGGAGGCAUGUUAAAGUGCUUCAGAAGAAUGGUGCUUCCGGUGGUAAUGCAAGAUCUGAAUGCCUAUAUUGUGGUCACAUUAUCCCUGGGAGUUAUUCUAGAGUGAGAGCACAUCUAUUCAAGGUGCCGAACCAAGGCACAUCAAUAUGUUCUGUUGCGACACCAGAGAUGGUUGAGCAAUUUCGUAGGGAAGAAGGUGCAGCUAAAGCAACGACUGAAGCGAGCACACAGAGGAGUGCUCCCAUGCCGGUGCAGCUCCCAUUGUCGACGAAGACAUCCAAGAAGAAGAAGCAAACAUGUAUUCUGGAAAGUUUCCACCUUGAACUUCGACAAAUGGCUGAUGCUAUUAUUGCAAGAAUGUUCUACACUGGAGGUAUUCCUUUCAACAUGGCGAGAAACCCAAACUAUCGAGCUGCAUUCAAUUUUGUUGCAACCCAAGACAUGGGUGGGUAUGUGCCUCCAGGAAUCAACAAGCUGAGGACAACUCUUCUGCAGCAAGAGAAGGCCAAUGUGGAUAGGCUGCUUGAACCCAUCAAGAGCACAUGGUCCUCAAAAGGGGUGAGUAUUGCAGCUGAUGGCUGGACUGAUUCACAGAGGCGGCCCCUGAUAAACUUCUUAGCUAUAACAGAGAGUGGUCCGAUGUUCUUGAAAUGCGAAAACACUGAAGGAAAGGUGAAGACCAAGGAGUACAUUGCUGGUCUAUUGAUUGAGAUCAUUGAAAAGGUUGGAUCAAAGAAUGUGAUCCAGGUGAUCACAGACAAUGCUGCAAAUUGCAAGGGUGCUGGUUUGAUUAUUGAAGCGAAGUACAAUAACAUCUUCUGGACUCCCUGUGUUGUUCACACCCUGAACUUGGCAUUGAAGAACAUAUGUGCUCCAAAGAGCGGUGAAGAUCCGGAACUUCAAUGGAUAAGUGAUGUUGCAGCUGAUGCUGUCCAGAUUAAGAAUUUUAUCAUGAAUCAUGGCAUGAGAUUGUCAAUGUUCAAUUCAUUUAGUAAGAUUAAGUUCCUUGCUAUAGCUGACACAAGAUUUGCAUCUGUCAUUGUCAUGUUGAAGAGGUUUCUUCUUCUCAAGGAUUCACUAGUGCAAAUGGUAAUCAGUGACAGGUGGACUGCAUAUAGGGAAGAUGAUCAAGAUAAGGCUGGUUUUGUGAGAGGGAAGUUACUUGAUGAAACUUGGUGGGAUAAUGUGAAAUACAUCAUUGCUUUCACUGAGCCCAUUUACUCAAUGCUGCGGGCAGCUGACACUGACAAGCCGUGUCUCCACUUGAUAUAUGAGAUGUGGGACAGCAUGAUAGAGAAGGUGAAAGUUUUUAUUUACCGGAAAGAAGGAAAGGGUUUAUAUGAAGAAUCUGCCUUCUAUGAAAAUGUCAAUCGCAUAUUACAGGAUCGGUGGCUCAAAAGCAAUACUCCUCUCCAUUGUUUGGCACACUCCCUUAAUCCAAGGUACUAUACUGAUCAGUGGCUUGCUGAAGAUCCUAACCGUGAAGCCCCCCAUACGGAUCCUGAAAUUUCAGAAGAGAUGAACAAGUGCUUUAGAAAGUUUUUUCCCAUUGCAGAGGACCUGAGAAAAAUUAAGCAACAAUUUGCUGAUUAUUCUCAAAAAAGAGGCAUCUUUGGUGUUCCUGAUUCAAUCGAGGACAGAGCCCAUUUUGAUCCACAACAAUGGUGGGGCACUUAUGGUUCUAGAACUCCAGAGCUGAAAGCAUUAGCUUUUAAGCUGCUUGGACAGCCAUCCUCUUCUUCUUGCUGUGAAAGAAAUUGGAGCACCUACAAUUUUAUCCAUAGCCUGAGAAGAAAUAGGCUCACUCCUGAACGUGCUGAGGAUUUAGUGUUCGUGCAUAACAAUUUGCGUCUUCUUUCAAGGAGCUCUGAUGAGUAUAUAACUGGGCCAUCCCAAAUGUGGGACGUUGGGGGAGAUGGCUUCGAGACAUUUGAUGGUGUCGGUAUUCUUCAAGCUGCCAAUCUCAGUUUGGAUGAGCCUGAAUUUGAGGUGAUGAUAACUGAAGAUGAAGGAUCUUCAGUGUGAAGAGGUGGUCUUCAUGGAACAGCCCCCAUAUUUAGCUCUUGUGGAGCAAUUAUAUUUGGCUUUUGUACCUUGUAUCCUUAUGUAAUGUGAUGCACUAACGUUGUAAUUUUUUAGCCUUUGAACUUUGAACUAUUUUAUUAUGUUAUGUUGCUGCAUGUCGACACCUGCAGUUUUAUAUCAAUCUUAUUCUCGCAGAA